AUGGAGGCUGUACCGUGCAGGAAUCAUGGGUCCCUCUGCUUCCUGAAGACAGGUGUUCGCGAUGGUCCCAACCAGGGGAAGAGCUUCUACGUCUGCGGAGUGCAGGGCCCAGGGGUCUGUGACUUCGUGCUACCGACGCCUAUUCCUGCUUCUCACUGCUUGAUUCAUGAGGGUUGCAUGGUGGAGUUGCAAGUCCUGGUUCAGCAGCAGGACAGAGAUGAAUACCAGUUGUUUUACCGAUGCCUUAAGAGUAAGGUAAAUGGGAAGAAAUGGUGUGGAAGUGUCCCAUGGCAGGACCCAAAAGCUACCAAAGUGUCAAAACCCUUGGGAUCUCAGCCCAACACAGCACUUCUCUUCAAUCCCAGUGGCCAAAGAAAUCCAUUCAAGGUGAUAGACAAGAAUUGUGAACCGUCAUCCUGGAAACAGAAUAAGCAUGGAAAUGGAGAGGAAAGUAAGGCAAAAGGAGUAAAAGCAGAGACAGAAAGUGUGCUGGUGUCACGUAAAGAAAAUAAAUCAACCUCUGAUCCCUCCAGAGAGACAGAGCCUCUGGAAGGCCUGACAUCUGAAAAGGCACAGUCCAUGGGAAAAAGUGAUCCAGAGUUUAAGGAGAGCACAGUGGAAGAAGCUACACUCAGUAAUUCUGAGACUUGCAAAGGGAAAAACAUCCUUUUGGGGGAACAGAAACACCAUGACAAUAGCAGGGAAUCCAGGAAGGCUUCUGAAUAUGUGGAGAAAGAGCCAGGUGCACGAUCAAAACUCUUUCCACCAGAUCUUGGAAAGCAAAGUAGAAGUCGCAAGGCUCCAGAAGAGCGGUUUGGAGAGAAAGGUUUAAAAAGCUGUGGGGAUAAAGAAACCAGAGAGAAAGAACAUGGUGGUCAGAAGAAUGGAGAAAAGAAACUGCUGUCUGAAGAAGAUGCCAUUUCCCCAAAAGUACCACAGUUGAUAUUGCAGCAUGCUGCCCUGAAGGGAGGAGGAGAGGCAGUGACACAAAUCAGGCCAGAGCUGGGACAGCCUGCUGAUAAAGUCUCUGGCAGUGACUCCUUUUCAGGUAAAAGUCAACCUGAGAACUCAGCUGAGGGUUUGCAAUCAAGAGGGAUUCCUUCAGAAAAAACAGGAAAGAGUAUGCAGGGGAUGUCUUUGCCGAGACCUGCACCAUUGCAUCACGUGGGAGGACCCCAGGAUCCUAAAGCUGUUCACAACCAUCUUCUAGUCCAGCUGAAACAGAAGAAGAGUACAUUGGCUACAGUGAACCUACAGAUGCUGCCAGAUAAAGGGGAACGGUUAUUAAAGCAAGUGCAGGAUUUGGAAGCUGCACUUGAUGCUCUGAACAUUUCAGCAGCAGAUACUACUGAAAAAGGGGAGGGUAGCACAAGCAGCAUCUGUCGUGAGGAAUCUUUGCCUAACCCGUUUGGUAGGCCAGGUGGUACAAAGUUGACUGCACCACUACCACUCCAGGAUCCUACAGCAAGGACCUCUCCAGGCUCACACAGCCACCCCUCUGCUGCUGGUACUUUGGAUUCCAGUGAGUAUUAUGGCCACAUGCAGUGUGGUGUGCAGAAUCUAUAUGGAGGAAGAAUGACAGUAGACCGAAUCAAGGCUGUGCACAGUGCUAUAAGUGAGGCUAUUAAUCAUCUUCACAAAUCCCUGGAAUCCUGCCCGACUGAGCAGACAGCAGCUGAAGAUCCCUCUGGACUGAAGGUUCCACUGCUGCUGCACCAAAAGCAGGCACUGGCAUGGCUGCUCUGGAGAGAGAAUCAGAGGCCAUGUGGAGGAAUUCUGGCGGAUGACAUGGGCUUGGGGAAGACUCUGACAAUGAUUGCUCUCAUUCUGGCCCAGAAGCAGCUGAAGACAGAGGAAAAAAAAGAGACGUUAGAAAUAUGGUUAUCCAAAUAUGACUCCCUUGUUACCCCUUCCUGCAGCACUUUAAUCAUUUGUCCUGCAACCUUAAUCCAUCACUGGAAGAAAGAGAUUGACAGACAUGUAGGCUGUGGCAAACUGAGCGUCUAUUUGUACCAUGGGCCAAACAGAGAUAAACAUGCAAAAGUGCUCUCUGGGUAUGAUGUUGUUGUCACAACGUACAGCCUUGUCUGCAAGGAGGUUCCCACAAGCAAAGGGGAAGGGGAAGUCCCUGCUGAGGACCAUGAUGUGGGGAGUGGGUCAUCUCCCUGUUCCCCACUGCUCAGGGUAGCUUGGGCUCGAAUUAUAUUGGAUGAAGCUCACAAUAUUAAAAACCCAAAGGUUCAGACCUCCAUAGCUGUGUGCAAACUGAGAGCCAGUGCCAGAUGGGCUGUCAGUGGGACACCAAUUCAGAACAACUUACUGGACAUGUACUCUCUCCUAAGGUUUCUACGUUGCUCUCCUUUUGAUGAAUACAAAGUAUGGAAGUACCAGGUAGAUAACAACACAAAGAAAGGAGGAGAGAGGCUAAGCCUGUUAACCAGGAGCCUCUUACUACGGAGAACUAAGGACCAGCUGGAUUCAUCUGGCAAGCCCUUGGUACCUCUACCCCAGCGCAGCACACGGUUGCAUCAGUUAAAACUUUCAGCAGAGGAGCAGUCUGUGUACAAUGUGUUCUUUGCAAGAUCCAGGUCAACACUACAAUCCUACUUAAAGAGACAAGAGCAGAAAAAUGAAAGCAGAAAGUGUGCUGGUGAUAACCCGUUUGAGAAAGUUGCACAAGAGUUUGGGAUCAAUCAAAAGGAAUUUCUAUCAGGCUCACAAAGUGCCUCCCAGGUUUCAAGUACUGUCCAUGUCUUGUCCAUCCUGUUGAGGCUCCGUCAGUGCUGCUGCCAUCUCUCCUUGCUGAAAGUGGCUCUGGACCAAGUUAACUUGAACAGUGAAGGCCUUUCCCUCUCCAUUGAGGAACAACUUAGUGCUUUGACCUUGUCUGAGCUCCAGGCUUCUGAUUCCAAGUCAACAGUCUACCUCAAUGGCGCAGCUUUUAAAACAGAUCUUUUUGAAAUCACCAGGGAGAGCACCAAGAUAGCUCACCUCUUGUCUGAACUGAAAACUCUUCAGAGUCACUCAGAGUGUCAGAAAAGUGUUGUUGUCUCUCAGUGGACGAGUAUGCUGAAAGUUGUGGCUGUGCACCUCCAGCGUCUAGGGCUGAAGUAUGCAACAGUGGAUGGCUCUAUCAAUCCUAAAGAAAGAAUGGAUGUGGUAGAGGAGUUCAAUAACAAUCCCAAAGGGCCUCAGGUAAUGUUAGUCUCAUUGCUGGCUGGAGGUAUUGGCCUGAACUUGACUGGAGGGAACCACCUCUUUCUUCUCGACAUGCACUGGAAUCCUGCACUUGAGGAUCAGGCGUGUGACCGUGUUUACAGAGUGGGGCAACAGAAGGAUGUUGUGAUACACAGGUUUGUCUGUGAAGGAACAGUAGAAGACAAGAUCCUACAGCUCCAGAGGAAGAAGAAAGUUCUCGCCCAGCAGGUGCUGCAAGGCAAAGGGGAGACCUUUGCUAAGCUAACUCUGGCUGACCUCAAAAUCCUCUUUGACAUCUAA